AUGAGACGAUCGACGUGGUCGAUCGCACCGUCACACAGCAGCCUCAACAGACGCACCUCUUUGAACGACAUGGUAGACGCGCAACUCUUCGUAAACAUCGCCAAGACCGUCUUCGGCGGAUACAGCGCCAUGAUGCUGCUCAUGCCCAAGAAGAUGGUCACCGAUCACUUCAAGCAGGAGUGCGAUCCAAUGACCGAGUUCUGGAUCCGCGGAUCGUCCGUCGGGUUCUUCGGACUCGUCGCCGCCAUCCACAAGAUGGACCUCGACGACGCCGUGGACAUGUCCCUGGCCACGGUCGUGGCGUCCGCGCUGAUGUACCCCUUCAACGCCAAGUUCGGCCUCCUGUCCAAGAACCUCCCGCUCAAGUACGACGGUUUCCCCAACCACUACGUCCCGGAGGUGCUCAUGGCAUCGGUCGCCGCCCUCGGGUUCUUCGUCAAGUUCAUCAAGAAGUGA